AUGGCACAGAAUGUUUUUAACUCGGCCAGGUUUAUCGAUGGCUGCACUAGUUACAAAGCAGAGUCAAUUGCUUAUCACGAGAAGAGUGCAGCGCACCUUCUGGCACAGCAAUGCCAUAAAGCUAAAAUACACCCAGAAAAAACGCCAGCAAAUCUAGCCCGGCAGCAGAUGCUUAAACAGUACACCGGCAAGCUAAGAUUACUUUUCAGAAAUGCACACGCUGUAUCUAAGAACAAGAAGUCGCUUGCAGACUACCGAUGGCUCUGUGACUUAGAUGAGGUGAAAGGUCUUGCUAUUGGUGCGACGUAUCGCAACAGCAAAGCUUGUGGUACUUUCACCAAAUAUAUUGCAACGGCUGCCCAGAGUCAAGUUGCUGAGGAAUUAACAAAUACAAAAUUUGUCAGUGUGACGUCUGACGGUGCCACAGACUCUAGCAUAACUGAACAAGAGAUCGUUUUUGUCCGCUACAGCAGCAAAGGUGUACCAUUCACCAAAUUUGUUGGAUUGAAGCAGCCCAUCAGUCCCAAUGCCAGUGGUUUGCACAAAGCUAUUAUGGCGGCUCUAGGAGAUGUGGGAUUGGGUGAAGAAGAUUUGAAAAAGAAAUUGGUUGGGUUUGGUUGUGACGGAGCAAGUGUUAUGGUGGGGAAGAAGGGAGGAGUAUCAGCAUUUCUAACACAGUUGCAACCCAGCUGCAUCACCGUGCACUGUUUUGCCCAUCGCCUCGAGCUUGCAUACAAAGAUGCAGUGAAAGAGAACAAGCUUUACGACAGCUGCAUUGUCCUUCUAAUGGGAUUGUACUACUUUUAUCAUAACAGCCCAAAACAGCGACAAAAUCUAAAGCGGUCCUUUCAAAGUCUUAACCAGUCAUCAGUUAUGCCAACACGUGUGGGUGGGACCAGAUGGGUGGGGCACAUUAUCCUUCCAGUGGAAAACUUCUUAAAGGGAUAUCAAGCAAUUCGUGCUCAACUUGAAGAUUGCAUCUCGAAGAAGGUAAGUAAAAUCAUUGUGUACUUAGUUUGUGUAUGUAAAACGUACUACAUUUUGUAUUAUAAAUACACAACUACACUUACGUACUAACACCACAGGAAAAUUUUAGUGUUAUUCACAAUACUGAUAACAGUAUAAAACUUUAUUCAAUCACUAGGAAAAAGCUCAAACAAAAGCCAGAGGCUACUUAAAGCUAAUGAAACGCCCUGACGUGAUUGCUUUCCUUCAUCUGCUGCUUGAUAUGUUUGGGCCUCUGCGUGCUCUGUCCCUCACACUGCAGUCAGAUCAUACAACUUUGGCCGAUGUUGGUGAAAAAAUUCAAGUCGCUAAAAAUGCAAUCAUCUCCUUCAAAGAAAGGUACAUUACAAAAAUGCAUUAAACUUGUUUAUUCUGUACUAGUUAUGUCACCUCGACUCCUUUAGAUGAUUUACGGGAUUAUGUUAUAUUUUACAGUCAUGGUCCAAGACUAAGGCAGUUUUUUAAAGAUCACGAAGUGGCUGGCAGUUGCAAGGGUGAGCCGAUGACUGGCAAGGUAACUGAGGACAACUUUCACACAACGAAGUUAAAACCACUAGCAGAAAAGAUUUUAACGACAUUGGAAAAUAGGUUUACUGAUGUUUCAGAAGAUGUUGUGGCAGCAACCCGAAUUGCCAAUUUCAGACAGCGGCCACUAUUUUCAAUGAAGGAAGAUGUAACAGGUAAUGUGUCUUCAUCUACAUACAAAAGUUUUAAAAUGUUAUAACCAAAAAUAUACAGCAAUAAUCUUAAGUCAUGAUGUUCUGUGUAUUUAUAACAGUGUUUGGCGAAAAAGAACUCCAAGUCCUAUGUCAACGGUUUGCUGAAGUGUUUCAGCAUGCAGGUGUAGCCUCAGAGCAAGUGCAGACGGAGUGGGUGAUGCUGAAGUCUCAUCUUUAUAACAAGUGGGUUUAAGACUGACAUUUCUGAAAACUCAUGUAAUAGCAAAGUAAGUAAAUGCGAAUGCUUGAAAAAGUAUCCACUACAGCCGUUAAUCAAAUUUCUACUUUUCUUUAGGUACAAAGACAAAAUCCAAUCUCUUAAAUGGGCAGAGAUUUAUAGUCUUUACGAGGAGGGUCAUGCAAAUGUUCUUGCCAUCAUUGAUCUCAUCCUUACCCUACCAGCUAGUUCUGCUGCAAAUAAGCGUGGCUUUAGCCAGAUGAAACUAACGAAAACCAACACCCUAAGCUGA